ACCGGUUGGAUCCUCGCUUCGCUCCCGACCAAUCGGAAGUGAGUAUUUUUCGCGCUGUUGGCCGCAGUGUUUGAUUUUCCCGCAAGCUGCUUCAGCCUCGACCUGAAUGAAAGGCUCCGUGUGACGGGAUGAGUCCGGACGCUUCGUCCCUCUAACCGCCGACAGGACCUCAACAGCACAUCGAGCCUGGAGGGGGCUGAGGUGGGAUGGACACUAAAGGUAGCUCUCUGCCUUCCAUGCCCGAACCAGCCAACCCCAUCAGCAUGAAGCAGCCGCCGGAGUCCCUCGGCGUAAGGAAAGGUCGGGGGGACCUGAGCAGUGACCCGGCUCUGCUUAUGGACAAAGCCGCUGCCCAGCUGGCCGCCACACUACAAGACGGCGCCCUCCAGAAGAUGGCCGGCCACAGUCAUAACAACCACAGCCACGAGAGGCUCAAAGACCUCACCUCCCGGGUGCUGAACGGCGACCAAGACCCGCUGCCCAAGCUCUGUGCUCCAGAGCCGCCCAUGCUCAAGGGCGCCGAGGCCCCCGCCACCAACGGCACCCACCAGCACAAUUGCAGCCCUCAUACAGAAUCAGAACUGAAGGUGACGGUGCCCCAGGUGCUGGAGCAGCCGCCGUUUGAACCGUGCUGCGCCAACGGGACCAGUUUGGCCAGCGAGGGUACGAUACCUGGACCCGAGAAGAGACAGGACGUGAAGAAGAGAGGAGGCAGACCUGUCAAACCAAAACCUCAACUGAACCACAGCUCCUCCUUCGUCCCUCUGGAGCAAGUCGACCACACGAAUGCUGCUGAUGGAGCCGGAGCAGCUGACAAGCUCGACCUCCUCCCUGAGGCGGAGGUGUCAGAGAAGUCUCCCUCCCUGAUCCGUUUCUCUGUUGGAGACUUGGUUUGGACGAAGGUGUCGGGGUACCCCUGGUGGCCCUGCAUGGUGACCACAGACCCAGAGUUCAGCCACCACUUCAAACAGAAAGCGGCCAACAGCAGGUCAGGCCUCCUCUACCAUGUGCAGUAUUUUGGAGACGCCCCGGAGAGAGGCUACAUCUUUGAGAAGAACAUGGUGUUGUUCUCUGGAGAGGAUCAAUACCAGCAGCUCAGUCUGGGCAACAAACAAGCAGCCUCCUGCACCAUCCACAAAAAGGCGACUCCCUCCGUACCCCGCAAGCUGCAGGCCCAGUGGAACAUGGGCAUCAUUCAGGCCAAGGAGGCCCUCAGCAUGUCGCUGGAUGAGCGCAUGAUGAACUUCACUUUUCAGUACGACGACGACGGGCCGCGCCUGAACCUCGGACUCCUGGAGAAACUGAAGCCAAAAUACAGCGACGAGAUGAACCAGGAAGCUGUGUCAAGACUGAGUCCAGCCCCCCCCUCCCUGCUGGGCCCCGUUUCUUCUGAACCAGUUGAACCAGUCGCACCUCAGAAGAAGAAGAGACGACCCAGACAGCCUCCGUCUCCAACCAAGACGGUGAGGAGAAGGAAAAAACCUGCAGUGGAGAACUCUGCCGACCCGGUGAAGAAGAGGAAAUCAAAGCUGGUGUCUCCGACAGACGCGGCUUCAGAACUCGUCUCACCACCGGUUCCAGCUCCAGUGGACAAAGUGAAGAAAAGGCGGAAGAGAGCGACUCCUGCCGAGCAGACGACCGAUUCUUCCGUUAAGAGGGAGAGAAAGAAGGCUCCUAAAAGGAAAGUGCCGGACUCCGCAGCCGACAAGGAGCAGGCGCCUAAGAGACGCAAGAUGAGCAAAGAGGCUGAGAAACAGGGGUCGACCUCGGCGGUAACGCAACCAAAGCGGAGAAGAACCAAGAAAACUGACGUGGAAGUGAAGGAAACCAAGAGACGACAGAAGAAGUCGAAAGAUCCUCCGGCCGACGAUCAAGACGCGGUGAAACCAAAGCGCAGGAGGAAAAGGAAACAGGAUGGAGAGAACCAGGCCACACCUGCCAAGACGAAGAAGAGAAGGGCCUCUCCGUGUCCUGAUCCUGAGGGCUCUGGGAGUGAAGGACGUCCUGAUUCCCCGAGCGACAGCUUGGACGGGACCAAAAAGGGCGAACGGAAGAAAGAAUUUGUUUGCCAGAUGUGUGAGCAGGCUGGUGAGGACCUGCUUCCCUGUGAAGGACAAUGCUGUGGCAUGUUUCACCUGCACUGUCUGGGUCUGUCGUUAAAACCAGACGACAAGCUGCUGUGUCCGGAGUGCAGCACCGGAAUCCACUCGUGUUUCACCUGUAAGCAGUCAGACGGCCAGUUGCUUCGCUGCCACGUCCUGCACUGCGGCAAGUUCUACCACGAGGCGUGCGUCCGCCUCAACUCGCUCACCCUCUUCGACAACAAGGGCCUCCGCUGCCCACUCCACACCUGCCUGAGCUGCCACUACGGCUGCCGCGCCAAGCACAAGUCCACCAAGGGCAGGUUGAUGCGUUGCCUGCGCUGCCCCGUGGCCUACCACAUCGGUGACCUGUGUGUGGCAGCCGGCAGUGAGAUGAUCACCAGCACCGCCAUCAUCUGCACCAACCACUUCAACGCCAAGAAGGGCUACAGCCACCACAGCCACGUCAACGUCAGCUGGUGUUUCGUCUGCUCCAAAGGAGGACAGCUGCUGUGCUGCGAGUCCUGUCCGGCAGCUUUUCACCCCGACUGUCUGAACAUCGCAAUGCCUGAUGGGAGCUGGUUCUGCAACGACUGCAGAGCCGGGAAGAAACCCAAGUACAGAGACAUCAUCUGGGUCAAACUCGGAACCUACAGAUGGUGGCCUGCAGAGAUCUAUCACCCGAAGGUCAUCCCCACCAACAUCCAGCACCUUCGCCACGAGAUCGGAGAGUUUCCCGUCUUCUUCUUCGGAUCCAAGGAUUACUUCUGGACUCACCAGGGCCGCGUGUUUCCCUACAUGGAGGGGGACCGGGGCAGCAAGCACCAGAGGACCGGAAUCGGCAAAGUCUUUAAGAACGCUCUGUUGGAGGCUGAAGCUCGAUUCAAGGAGAUUAAAAUUAAACGAGAGGCGAAGGAAGCGCAAGAGAACAGUCGGAAACCGCCGCCAUACAAAUUCAUCAAGGUCAACAAACCCUUCGGCAAAGUCCAGGUCUGGACCGCCGACAUCUCCGAGAUCCCCAAGUGCAACUGCAAGCCGGCGGACGAGAGGCCGUGCGGGUUCGAGUCCGAGUGUCUGAACCGCAUGCUGCAGUACGAGUGCCACCCUCAGGUGUGUCCCAGCGGCGAGCGCUGCUGCAACCAGGACUUCACCAAACGUCUUUACCCAGAGACCAAGAUCAUCAAGGCCCCCGGCAAGGGCUGGGGCCUGGUCGCCCUGCGGGACAUCAAGAAGGGUGAGUUUGUAAACGAGUACAUUGGCGAGCUGGUGGACGAGGAGGAGUGCAGGGCGAGGAUCAAGUACGCCCACGAAAACAACAUCACUGACUUCUACAUGCUCACCAUAGACAAGGAUCGGAUCAUCGACGCCGGGCCGAAGGGAAACUACUCUCGCUUCAUGAACCACAGCUGUCAGCCCAACUGUGAGACGCAGAAGUGGACGGUGAACGGGGACACGCGAGUCGGCCUGUUCGCCGUCCGGGACGUCCCAGCAGGGACCGAGUUGACCUUCAACUACAACCUGGACUGCCUCGGCAACGAGAAGACGGUCUGUCGCUGUGACGCCCCGAACUGCAGCGGCUUCCUCGGGGAUCGGCCCAAGAACUCGAACGGCCAAACAGCCGAGCCCAAAGCCAAGAGGCUGAAGAGGAAGUAUAAGAAGAGGAAGAGCGAGGGGAAGAAAAAGUCUGAGGACGAGUGUUUCCGCUGUGGAGACGGAGGUCAGCUGGUGCUCUGCGGCAAGAAGGCCUGCACCAAAGCUUAUCACCUGUCCUGCCUGAACCUCACCAAGAGGCCCUUCGGACGGUGGGACUGCCCCUGGCACCACUGUGACGUCUGCGGGAAAAACUCGGACGCGUUCUGUCAGCUCUGCCCGAACUCCUUCUGCAAGGCUCACCAGGAGGGGGCGCUGCGCCCGUGGCCCCCCACGGGGCAGCUGUGCUGUCUCGAGCACGAGGAGCUGGAGGGAGCCGACAGCCAGGAUCCGGGAAUCAGCUCGGAGGCAACGGCAUCGACCGCCCCCCCCACCACCACCGCCGCCGGUCGUCCUCCCAAAGGCUCCAGGAAGGCCGACGGAGCCCAGGCCAAAACAAAGGGCUCCAAGAGGAAAGCAGCAGAGGCCUGACUGACCUUUGACCCCUCCGAGAGCCAACAGACCAAACCAGACUCUGACACUUGAUCCCCUCGUUAGAAACAAAUAUAAACCCCACGUUACACCGUCUUGAAGAUCACCGGAGCCGAGGCACUGUUCAUCUCCGUCGUCAGGGAAAGCCGCUUGUAUCUCACGAGCUCCGGCGCUCGAACCUUCUUCAUUUGACCUUUAACCUUUUCCAGGUUUUGUUUUGAACUCGUCUGCACUGAGGCACGAAGCAGCAGCCGAGCGAGCGCCGGUCAGGAAGCUGCGGACUCCAACUGCUCCACCAACCAAACUGCCUUCUGUUGUUUAGUUUUAGAUUUGACUUGAGUUUUAAAAACCAACACAAGGAACCCGUUGGUUUCUGCUGAACCCCCCCCCCGAGUUUUAGAGAUAUAUCUAUAUACGUGUUUAUCAAAGACCAAAACUAUAAUUACUGGAAUAUUGUGAGACAUCAGACAGGUUUGCCAAAUGGAGCGCUUUUAUUUUUUUAUAUAUAGUAUAUAUAUUCCGGAUGUAAUAUCAAAACACCAAGACACUAUGGAUCGGCCUCAGAUGACCUCUUUACUUUAAUACCGUAGCCAUAGGUUACAUUUAACCGUAGACAUUUUUUUACAACCUGUUAUUUUGUUUUAGUUUCAGCUUUUAGAUUUUGAUUUUUUGCGUUUUGUUUUGAAUCAGGAUCCUUUUAUCUACCUGCUUGUCCGGAGAGCCAGGGAUCAAAGGAAGUGUUAGGAACCCAGGAGCUGAUUUAAGAAACACUACUGGGAGGUUUUAAAGGUUUCUGAUGUCAAACGUGAAGGAACCACAGCGAAGCUCUUGAACCUGUUUCCUACGUUGAGUGUUUGGUGCUGACGUCACGGUGCGUUCCACCGACUGAUCUGACAAACCCAGGUACCGAGACAUCCAAUCACUGAGUCGUUCAUCUGGAGCCGGGGUUUUGAGAAGCUGUUUUCAGACGUGACCUCUGGAGAACGUCCAGACAACUGGGUCCAGAGCUUCUCUGGAUUUUGGUCUUUGUUCACGACAACAGGAGAAAUGUCCAAAACGACGGGGGGGUUGGAGCCGGCAGUGGAAGUCACAUGGUUUUGUUUACAGCACAUAAGGAAUCUCUGGAAUCUUGUUUUUCCGGGUUGACCACUUGGUCUUCUCCGUGUGAGGCUCCUCCUCCUCCUCAUACUGGGACCAGUGUCUCUCUGUUUUCUCACCUGGACUCAGUCGAUGUCUGGAAACAGCCUCAAGACCUCGGCCUUUCGUUAUUUUAAUCCUCAGGAGGUUUUUAGUCUCUAAACUGCAUCUUGUUGUUUGAUACUCGAACACAAGCUCACGACACACUGGCUAAUUCCUUCACUCAGAAAUAACUCAUCUCCUUCACUUUCCACUUCCAUGUCUUCAGAAGCUCAGUGUCACAUCUGUAGAUCCUCUGUGACUCGGGGCUCAGGCUAAUUCCUGGUUUCAGUAUUGAACCGUUCCCAUGUUUCUUCUAAUCCGUGCGUUUAUUUGUAAAUCAAGAAGCUGAAGCUGUUAAGAAGUUUUCAAGCAUAAACUCCAGAGGAUUUUCACAGUUUCUCUGGAGUUUCACACACGUUUAAUAAUGUGGAGGCGCCGCGUCGUUACCCAGAAUUCCUCACUGUCCUCAAACAAAUCAUGAACCGUUUCACUUGUUUGUCUUUUCAUCGGUUAUAAGAUAUUUUCUAACAUUGAGGCCACACACGUUUCUUGUUUCUUUAAGUUGUCGUCCUAACCCUAACGUGUGUUGAGUGGAUCUAGUCCAGCCAGUUGUUUUUGUAAGCACUGUAAUUCCCUGUAGAGCUGAAGUGAAACGUGUGCGUAGGGGUUUUCAUUCUGUAACUACUGUCAUAGCAAACCAGAGACUAAUAUGUACAUAAUGUAUAAGUGGUUAUAGUGAUGCAUCUAUUGUAAAUAUCAUACAAGUUCUCUGACGUAUGUUUUUCUUUUUGUUUUUUUUUCUUGAUGCUGAAAAACACUUUUGUGCAGAAUCUCACUCGUCUGUUGAUUCGUGCAAUAAAAAGUGACGGAACGUGA